GUAAGUUAAUACUAACACAUUUCAGCAACAGUGCCACACUCGCUUUGCAGUUUGCAUUAUUGCAAAUUAAACACAUUACUACAUCUCUCUCAUCUCUCCUUUCUCUGCAUCACAAACUCCAAAAUCCGUUGACUAAUGUCAUCUUCUUCAUUCUCAACAAAACCCCAAUGGAUCUACGAUGUGUUCAUCAACUUCAGGGGAGGAGACACUCGCAGGAACUUCGUCUCCCACCUCUACUACGCCCUCUCCAACGCCGGCGUCAACACCUUCUUCGACGAGGAGAAUCUGCUCAAGGGCAUGCAGCUGGAGGAGCUAUCGCGCGCCAUCGAGGGCUCGCAGAUCGCCAUCGUUGUCUUCUCCGAGACCUACACCGAGUCUUCGUGGUGCCUCUCCGAGCUCGAGAAGAUCGUCGAGUGCCAUGAAACCUACGGCCAGACGAUCGUGCCCAUAUUCUACGACGUCGACCCGUCCGUCGUGCGCCACCCGACGGGGCACUUCGGUGACGCCCUGGAAGCGGCUGCGCAGAAGAAGUAUUCCGCGAAGGAUAGGGAGUAUGGGUUUUCCAGGUGGAAAAUCGCGCUCGCCAAAGCUGCGAAUUUCUCUGGUUGGGAUGUGAAGAAUCACAGGAAUAAAGCUAAACUAGUGAAGAAAAUUGUUGAAGACAUUCUCACAAAGCUAGACUAUGCACUCUUGUCUAUUACCGAAUUUCCUAUUGGAUUGGAACCCCGCGUGCAAGAAGUGAUUGGAGUUAUAGAAAAUCAAUCCACCAAGGUCUGUAUCAUAGGGAUAUGGGGAAUGGGUGGAUCGGGUAAAACUACCAUUGCCAAAGCCAUCUACAAUCAAAUUCAUCGUAGAUUCAUGGACAAGAGUUUCAUUGAAAAUAUUAGAGAAGUUUGUGAGACAGAUGGUAGAGGACAUGUUCAUUUACAAGAACAACUUCUUUCAGAUGUUCUAAAAACAAAGGAGAAGGUACGUAGCAUUGGGAUGGGAACAACUAUGAUUGACAAAAGACUUUCUGGAAAAAGGACGUUCAUUGUACUUGAUGACGUGAAUGAGUUUGGCCAAUUAAAAAACCUAUGUGGAAAUCGUAAAUGGUUCGGUCAAGGAAGUGUAAUAAUCAUUACAACUAGAGAUCGACGUCUGCUUGACCAACUUAAAGUUGAUUAUGUUUAUGAUGUGGAUAAAAUGGACGAAAACGAGUCCCUUGAGCUUUUUAGUUGGCAUGCAUUCAAUGAAGCAAAACCAAAAGAAGACUUCAAUGAGCUUGCAAGAAAUGUAGUUGCUUAUUGUGGAGGACUACCACUAGCUCUUGAAGUCCUUGGUUCUUAUUUAAAUGAGAGGAGAAAGAAAGAUUGGGAGAGUGUAUUAUCAAAACUAGAAAGAAUACCCAAUGAUCAAGUUCAAGAGAAAUUAAGAAUAAGCUUUGACGGUUUAAGCGAUCACAUGGAAAAGGAUAUAUUUCUUGAUAUAUGUUGUUUCUUUAUUGGUAAAGACAGAGCCUAUAUUACUGAGAUACUAAAAGGUUGUGGGCUACAUGCUGAUAUUGGAAUAACAGUUCUGAUAGAUCGUAGCCUCUUAAAAGUUGAAAAGAACAACAAACUUGGAAUGCAUCAAUUGCUACGGGACAUGGGAAGAGAGAUAAUUUGUGAAAGUUCAAGAAAGGAACCAGGGAAGCGGAGUCGAUUGUGGUUUCAUGAGGAUGUACUUGAUGUAUUGACAAAUAAUACUGGGACAGUGGCUAUUGAGGGAUUGGCUCUGAAAUUGCAUUUCGCCGGUAGAGAUUGCUUCAACGCUUAUGCUUUUGAGGAAAUGAAGAGAUUGAGACUGUUGCAACUUGAUCAUGUACAACUAACAGGAGAUUAUGGGUAUCUUUCUAAGCAACUGAGAUGGAUCAGUUGGCAAGGGUUUCCUUCAAAAUACAUACCUAACAACUUUUAUCUGGAAGGUGUGAUUGCGAUGGAUUUAAAACACAGUAAUCUGCGGCUAUUCUGGAAAGAACCCCAGGUUUUGAAGUGGCUAAAAAUCCUCAAUCUUAGUCACUCCAAGUACUUGACCGAAACCCCUAACUUUUCAAAACUACCAAAUCUUGAAAAGCUCAUUCUCAAAGAUUGCCCACGUUUGUGCAAGGUACACAAGUCCAUUGGAGAUCUCUGCAAUCUUCAUUUGAUAAAUUUGAAGGACUGUAAAACUCUAGGCAAUCUGCCAAGGGGAGUUUAUAAGUUGAAAUCUGUAAAAACUCUCAUUCUUUCGGGUUGUUCGAAGAUUGACAAAUUAGAAGAAGACAUAGUGCAGAUGGAAUCCUUGACAACUCUAAUUGCUGAAAAUACUGCUCUGAAACAAGUGCCCUUUUCAAUAGUCAACUCAAAAAGCAUUGGCUAUAUAUCCCUAUGUGGAUAUGAAGGAUUUGCACGAAAUGUUUUUCCUUCUAUCAUUCGGUCUUGGAUGUCACCAACAUUGAAUCCCCUAUCUUAUAUUAGUCCGUUUUGUAGCACAUCGUCAUAUCUAGUUUCCCUGGAUAUGCAAAGUUAUAAUUCGGGUGACCUUGGGCCAAUGCUUAGAAGCCUUUCAAAUCUUCGAAGUAUUUUGGUGCGAUGUGACACAGACUCUCAAAUAUCUAAACAAGUAAGAACAAUUCUGGACAACGUAUAUGGUGUAAGUUGUACAGAAUUGGAAAUAACAUCACAAAGUUCAGAGCAUUACUUGAGGUCUUAUUUAAUUGGAAUUGGAAGUUAUCAAGAUGUCUUCAAUACUCUCAGUGAUAGCAUAUCCGAGGGAUUGACAACCAGUGAGUCUUCUGAUGUUUUUCUCCCUAGUGACAAUGAUCCUUAUUGGUUUGCCCAUAUGGGUGAGGGACAUUCAGUGUUUUUUACUGUGCCUGAGGAUUGUCGUAUGAAGGGAAUGACUUUGUGUGUAGUUUAUUUAUCCACUCCUGAAAGCAAAGCAAUUGAAUAUCUUAUUAGUGUUUUAAUGGUUAAUUACACAAGGUGUACCAUCCAGAUAUUCAAGCGAGACACAGUUAUUUCCUUUAAUGAUGUAGAUUGGCAUGACAUAAUAUCACAUUCAGGACCCGGAGACAAGGUGGAGAUUUAUGUGAUUUUUGGGCAUGGGUUGGUGGUCAAGAAGACAGCUGUCUAUCUAAUGUGUGAUGAAUCAAUUGACAAGGGAAUGGACCCUUCUCCUGAGCCAAAGAUAGAGCCAAAGAAAAAUGCCUUUGUAAAAUUCAUAAAGAAAAUUGUAUCAAGUAAAAAUGAAGAGCAGUAGAGGUUUCAACCAAUUAUUACUGGGCAUGCCAAAGUCAUAGUAUAGUAUUCCUAUUCAUUUUCCUGGAGAGAGGACGCAAUAUCCUAUGUUACAUCGAUGUAUAGGAGAAAUUCAUUAAUAACAUUCCUCAAAUCUUGUUAAGAGUUUAUUUUCCAUUGUGCUAGGCCUCAUGCUUUCUGGACAAGGUAUGAUGCAAUAAAAUUGUUGCAAAUAUUUGGUGGAUAACAUGUAUUCUAAUUACUGUUUUAAUUGACCAACUUUGGGUAUAUAUAUUCAUAGGGCUGGAAUUUCUGAAAUAA